UCCGAAUUGAACCAUUGAACAGUCUCAGUUCGCAGCUCAAAUUGGAAAAAGGCGACGGGCGAGAACACUCCCGAAAUCGCCAGUGCGAGCACUCAAAGUAACACAAAAUAAUAAUAAUAAGUAGCCAGCUGUUUGCGUUCGCGUGCUUUGAAGCCGUACGAAAAUGAGAUUGGUGAUACUGGAGACCAGCGAUUCGGUUGGCAAGUGGGCGGCCAAGUAUGUGAUGAAACGAAUAAUUGACUUCCAGCCAAGCGCCGAUAGAUACUUUGUGUUGGGCCUGCCCACCGGAUCCACUCCACUGGGAAUGUACAAAGAACUGAUUGAGUUCCACAAGCAGGGCAAGGUGUCCUUCCAGUAUGUGAAAACCUUUAACAUGGACGAGUAUGUGGGUCUGCCCAGGGACCACCACGAAAGCUAUCACUACUUCAUGUGGAACAACUUCUUCAAGCACAUCGACAUUGAACCCAAGAACGUCCACAUUUUGGAUGGCAAUGCAGCCGAUCUGGUGGCGGAGUGCAAUAAGUUCGAGGAUCAGAUCCGCGAGGCUGGCGGAGUAGAGCUGUUCAUCGGUGGCAUCGGACCCGACGGGCACAUUGCCUUCAAUGAACCGGGAUCCUCGUUGGUGUCAAGGACCCGUGUGAAGACCCUGGCGCAGGAUACGCUGGAAGCGAACGCCCGUUUCUUCGAAAACGAUAUGAGCAAGGUGCCGAAGCAGGCUUUGACGGUGGGCGUUGGCACUGUGAUGGACUCCAAGGAGGUGAUGAUCCUGAUCACAGGAGCCCACAAGGCGUUCGCCCUGUACAAGGCCAUCGAGGAGGGCGUGAACCACAUGUGGACCGUCAGUGCCUUCCAGCAGCAUGCCAACACCCUGAUGAUCUGCGACGAGGAUGCCACGCUGGAGUUGAGGGUUAAGACCGUGAAGUACUUCAAGGGCAUUCUCAGAGAUCUAGACGAAGACUCCCGACAGGAGGCCUAAACAUACUGAUUUUGUAGCCUUAUGGACGUUCAUUCCAAGCUGAUAGAGCAACAAAAGACGACGUAGCCCCUGAAAUUCGACAUCAUCAAAACCAUAAAGUAUAGAGUUUCAAAUCAAACGAAUUUUUAUACGAAUCAUAUUUUUUGUAUAUGUUAAUAUUUCAGAUUUUAUAAAGUUUUGUGAAAAGCAAAGA